AUGGCCAUAGAAGUUUUAUGCAUUUGUAACUACACGUUGUCUAUAAAAUACAAAUUCACAGCGUUAAACUCGUCGUUUGCUAGUUUUGUGAAAAACUUUUUGGAUAACGCUUCUAAGAAGCAAAGAUAUUCUGCGACGCUUGUAGAACCACCGACACUGUUAGCGACGUAUCUUGAAGCUCACAACAAACUGUGCAACAUAAUCGAUCUACACAACGAAUGUUUCGGACUUCAAAUUUUUGAGAUAUUGUUUAUUGGAGUUGUUCACACUACAUACACCCUUUUUUUGCUUCUGAUCUACGCAAGUGGUAAAGCAAAACCUACCAGCGAUACUAGCGUUGUGUACAUAUUAAUCGUUUACGUCUACUUCUGUUUAAUUUUUACCAUAUUUGGAAUAAUGGUGACAGUUUUUUGUACAACCGCAGCCCGUGCAGCUCGACGAACUGCAACGAUCUGUUACAAGCUACUGCUAAACAUUUCGUUAGAAUCGAAAUCUUGUUAUGAACAGGCUUUAAGGAAGGAACUACUAUUAUUUGCUGAACAAGUCAAUCAGCGUCAAGUUAAGUUUAGUGCUGGUGGAUUUCUGACUAUCGACUACAACACGUUGUAUAAUCUGUUUGGAUCAACUGCAAUGAAUGUUAUAAUUUUGUUACAAUUUCAAAAACAGGGUGCUGUAAAUAAUUAA